CAUAAACACGGGACAGCGGUGUGUGCGUGCGCUGGAGAAGUUGUUGGCACACUGAGCACCAGGUAGCUUCUUCACGAGGAUUUUGUUCAGACUGGGACCCAUCUGACUCGUUGGCUAUUUCUUUUCUUUUCGAGGGGAAAAUGAGGUGGAAGCACCAGCAUCUAAAGUGAGGAGUCUCUCUCCCUCUCUCUCUUUAAAAAAAUGAAAAUCUGAUCGCGCAGACUGGAGAAAUCGUUCAAUCAGGCUUUGUUUUUUGGGAUUUCUCUUAUUCUAUCGGAUCUCUUAUUUCUCUGUGAAACAUUAUCAAGGAUUUCACUGAUGUAUGCGAUGUGGAGACUGCAAGUCGCCUUAUGUACUCUGUCGGUGCUGUCCCUGUCAUCCGGUGGUGAAAGCAAAGCGCGGAGCUGUAGCGAGGUUAGACAAGCUUAUAACGCUAAAGGAUUCAGCCUCGUCAAUGUACCUCAUCAGGAAAUAUCAGGUGAGCACCUGCGUGUCUGUCCUCAGGGAUACACCUGCUGCACGUCAGAGAUGGAGGACAAACUUAACCAGCAGAGCAAACUGGAGUUUGAGAAAUUGGUUGAGGAGAGCAGCCACAAAAUGAGAACAACAUUUGUCUCCAGGCAUAAAAAGUUUGAUGAGUUUUUCUUGGAACUGCUGGACAAUUCUGAGAAGUCACUCAACAGUAUGUUCACACGGACAUACGGGAAGCUGUAUAUGCAGAACUCUGAAGUAUUCCAGGACCUGUUCACUGAGCUAAAGCGCUACUACACGGGGGGCAACGUCAACUUGGAAGAGAUGCUAAAUGACUUCUGGUCCAGGCUGCUGGAACGCAUGUUCCAGUUACUUAACUCCCAGUACCACUUUACAGAUGACUACCUGGAGUGCGUCAGUAAAUACACAGAUCAGCUAAAGCCUUUUGGAGACAUUCCCAGAAAACUUAAGGCCCAGGUCACCAGAGCGUUCAUCGCUGCAAGGACGUUCGUCCAGGGGCUAAUGGUGGGCCGGGAAGUUGCCAACAGGGUCGCUAAGGUGAAUGUAGCUCCAGCAUGUGUUAAAGCCUUGACCAGGAUGCUGUACUGUCCAUACUGUCGUGGAAUGCCUGGGCUCAAAUCCUGUCCCAACUACUGUCACAACGUAAUGAGAGGCUGUCUAGCAAACCAGGCAGACCUAGAUUCUGAAUGGAACCUCUUCAUUGAUGCCAUGCUGCUGGUGGCAGACAGGCUGCAAGGCCCCUCAAAUAUUGAAGCAGUUAUACAACCAAUUGACAUCAAGAUCUCUGACGCUAUCAUGACUAUGCAGGACAACAGCAUGCAGGUGUCAGCCAAGGUCUUUCAAGGGUGUGGCCAACCAAAGCCAUCAGGAAUAGGCAGGUCUGUGCGGGGCAUCUCAGAUGUGUUCAGUGGGCGUUUCAGGCCCUACACCCCUGAGGAGAGGCCAACCACUGCAGCUGGAACAAGCCUGGAUAGACUGAGGGCUGUCUGGAGGACAAUGCAACACAGUGUGAUUGACAUCAAAGAGAAACUCAAGGAGUCCAAAAGGUUCUGGUCCAACUUGCCAGAUGACAUCUGUGCCAAGGGCAAACUCACAGAGCCCGAUGAGGAGCAGUGCUGGAACAGCCACACUAAGGGCAGAUAUUUUCCUGAAGUGGUGAAGGAGGGGCUAACCAACCAGGUGAACAACCCAGAGGUGGAAGUGGAUAUCACCAGGCCCGACACGCUGAUUCGGCAACAGAUCAUGGCGCUACGUGUCAUGACCAACAAGCUGAAGAACGCAUACAACGGAAAUGACAUCUACUUCCAGGACUCCAGUGACGAGGGCAGCAGCUCCGGCAGCGGCAGCGGUUGCUCCGACGGCUGCACAACAGAGUAUAUUUUUGUUGGAACAGAGGCUCCUGUGAUCGGAGCUGACAGAAGCGAUGAGCGCGCAGCAGCCGCGGGCAAGUCAGUUUCCUGCGGACCCUCCGUACUGCUGCUGACGGUUGCCCUCACACUCCCGCUUUGGGCGAUGCAGACUCAGUGGAGAUAAUACAGUGUGGCCCGCAUUACCGCUGACUUUUUUUUACUGUUACGUAACAGUAUGUCUAACAGCAAGUUGUACUGCUGUUCCCUCACUGAACAUGUAGAGCCUCCUGGAAACCUGUUGAGAAUGGCUUACUGUAUGGUGUGGUAGGAGUGAAAGUGAGUGCAGUGCUGCAUCCCGCUUGUCCCCCAAAGAAUGCUUGGUGCCAUCAGUGAACCAGCUUUCACAUCUCUGAAAAUAAAGAAAAUGUGUUUUCUCAUUAUUCUAAAGUGAGUUUUGGAGGGUAAAAAAAAAGCCCAAAACAUCUUUUAGAAACGAAACCCUCUAAAGAUGGUUCUGUCAGUGAUUUUUUUGUUCCAGAUAAAAGGGAAUCUAUUUUUCUUUUCCUUUGUAUGAUGAAUGGAGAAAACGAGAUGACACCUAUUUUAUCCUAUUAGUCUUCUCCCCCAAAAGGAAAAACAAAAUCAAAAGGAGAAAGUUUUACUGUGUGCAUGCGUGGAUAUGAUGUUAACUGACAAAACAUUAUUGUUUUUUUCCGUUUUUAUGCAGGCUACACAGUUUUUUGGAGUGAUUGUGCAGGUUGUACAGUGCUAGCAGUUCGCCUGGUUUCCCGUUUGGUCAUAUCGACGUGGCUUCAGGAAGCAGCAGGUCUUACAGCCACUUUGUUGUUGCACAUUUGAUUAUCUCUUGAGAAAGUGCUAUCGUACUGCACUAAGAGAACUACUUUGCACAGAUUAUUUUUGUUGGCUUCAUAAGUUUCUACAGCUACAGGAAACAUCCACCCCACAGAGAAAACGAUCUAUAUUUUCAGAUCAUUUAAUUGAUUGUAUUGUACUUAUAAGCAGUUACAGUAUGUGUUACAGUGGAAGGUACUGUAAUGUAAUCUUACUGGCAAUGGAUACUUUUUUUUAACAACUGUGUCAUUGUUUCUACAAAUUAUUUGAUCAUCUGUUAAAUAAAAACUAAGAAUGGUUCUGCAGCAGCACUAAUUGCCUGUUAACAGCGUUCAGGUAUCUAAUUUACUUUCGUCUGUCUGGGUAGUUAACAUGCACUCACGCUGGUUCUGUUAUUCUCAGAGGACUUGGAGGAGAGUAAUAAUAGAUAUAUCCUUAUGAAAUUUUAAUUUCUUUAAUUUUCUUGGCUGCCACACUGAUGAAUUUUGCUUUAUGUUACUUGUUUAUUUGCAUACAUGUAAAGUUACCAGUCGUAACCUCUGAUAUCCUCUGCUGGUUACCCCUCAUGUCUUGCAAUGCAUCAUACUGAAAUUUGCAUGUUCUUUGGUUAAUGAGAGCAGACCUAUGCCCCCUACAGGCUACAUGUGGUGUAAUUGGUCGUGUUCUCUUAGAGGACGCGAACAAAGUCAGCAACUUUUAAAAAAGAGUUCCAAGGCCAGAGGGCUCCAAAUGUACUCCUACAACUAAGGUAACUAUUUGUAACUUUCAUUCUGUGUCCUGCAGGCUUUGACCUUUAGCAGACUCAAGAGGCUCAGGGAGCAAAGCACUUCACAAACACAACACAGUGGUUGAUGUCGAACUGUAUACCAGAAGGGUUCAUAGCUGAGUGAAAGGCUAUAAGUGGCGGCCAUAAUAAGAACUGGUCACAUUCGCCGAAUGCUAAAGUAAUGCACUUCCUGUUCUGUCUCCUUUAGCAUGAGAUGCACUGCACCAUACUUUAUGAAAGGAAAUGAGUUAAUGCUGUCUCUCAGUUCCUCGGGGUUUGAGCGCACGCAGCCGUUAUUAAUGUGAGCACGCUGUUGUUUCAGUUUAAUAACUGUUAGCCUGCAGUCUUUAAAGAAAAAAUUCAAUUCCAACAUUGGUCAAAAAAAUUUUUUUUUUUAAAAAGCACGCUUUUUCAUUGAACUGACACUUUGUCUAUUACAUCAUGCCAGAUGACCUCACCUUUUGCCCUGUGUCAGCUCGGAUAGGCUCAAGCCCUACCUAAGUGUUCAAGAAGGACUUUUUUGUUAUACUAGAGAAACGAUAGUUUUAAAGUACUCAGCAACAACUUGAUAACACCAAUCUGCCAAGUGAGAUUCAAUUAGCACUAAGUUCUAAGUUCUCAUUAAUUCUCCUCCACAUUUUACCUCAUGACAUUUUCUAUUAAGAUCAAGGGAAAGGGUUUAGAAAAAAAGAUGGGACUUUUUUUUUUUGACAAUUCAUCUGCAACUAAUGGCUUUAACAUCUAGUCGCAGAGAAAUGUAGCUUUCGGAUACAAUAUCUUGCAAUAUGUAGCGUGAAUAUUGUUGAAGCCAUCACGAGUGUGCCUGGAGGAUUGAAUCUCAUCAGCUCAUAAGUACCUGAAAUGUUUUCACAAUACACAAGCCCAUUACUUCAACAGAGACCUUCCAGUAAAUACACAAAUAGACAAAUCAAUAGCAGCUAUGAGCAGCUAAAGAGAUCUUGUGUUUCAUGUACAAAAGCUUCAUAAAGAAAAUUCGGGGCACGAGUUUUCCUCGUCUCCACAGCAUGAAGAGGGGAUAGAAAAGCACAAAGUUUGUGCAAGCGUCACGGAUCUCUUCACAGAAAACACCAUGAGGGAAAUCUACCCUCGGUGUGCUCAUAUGACUCACGAAAGAGAAACUGAGCACCACAGGAAGCUCCCACAGUUGACCUCUUUCACCUCACUUCUUAUCGAAAUGGUUUUAGGAUAAGGUGACUGAACAGCAGCCUCCUACUUAAAAAAAACACAAAAAACCCAACAGCAUAGCAAUUAAAUCACUGAACAGCAAACCUUAUUUGUGUAGCACAACACCUGUGUUUAACCAAAGCACGACUAAAGACAACACUGAAGUGAUUAACGAAAGACCACCCAAUAACUAAUUGUGCACUAAGCAGAUUAAUGCAGAAACAUGAAGGAAGAGCAGUUCCUUUCACCUGUCAUCAGAACUGGUUGAAAAUCACAAGGGUUCACCCUGACUGAGGUGAAACGUUAGCGCAUUGAGCAAAACAAAAGCUGACAAGUAAAUCGUAAACAGAUUUGGAGGAUAAAUCAUGAUGCAAAACAAGCGUGUGACAUAUGAAGAGACUUUAAUCUUCUUUCUAUUACUCUAUAAAACAAGCGUAUAAACAUUUUCCUCACUGGGUUUAUAUCUAAUGGCGUUUUCCAUCCUUUCACAGUACCGCUUUUAUUUUAAUUACUAUAUGUCAUCCCAUUAUGCAGCCUGAUGUGUGACUAAACAUUUAGCACUAUCUGCUGUUUACCCUAAUGCUUAGUUUCUAAUAUUCACAUGACAGCAGGGGGAUAGAAAACAAAAAGAUGUGUUGUGCUUGGUUUUUUUUUGUUUGGUUGGGUUUUGGGUUUUUUUAGAAAUUUCUUUAAAAUGUGCUGUACAUCUGGAUACAAAAUGGAACUACCGACUACAUUCUUUGCUAAGACAAAUCUAUAAAGAAACAGUGUGCCUGAACUCACUCACUCUAUUUAUCUAUCUACAUACAUAUAUAUAUAUAUAUGUGUGUGUGUGUGUGUGUAUGUAUAAAAUCCGUUUGUGUUUUCCUUCUAUGCUGUGCACUCAAAAAUGUCUAAAUGCCAACAUGCAAUGUGCCCCAAUGCACAGUUGUCAAAAUAACCAUUUUGCAGCUGGCAGUUAUGGUCCAGUGAGGGUCUGAGAUCAUAGUUAAUACUCUAAUGAGUAAACUGCAAAGCACCCAUUAAAAAGGGAGUAGUGAGGCAACACUGGGGUGAUUUCUACCAGUGUUAAUUAGUCACCAACAAUGCCUGGAAGCAGCCCUGGGAGACUGAGAAGACUUCCCCAAUACCCACCAAAACUGUGCAUGCAGGAGACCCGUCUACGUUCGCUUCACUGCCAUAAUAACUGAGCAACUCAUUGGUGCCGGAGAGAGGAUGCGAUGCACAUUUUAAAGCCCCGAGUUUGAAAAGGUACAUGGAAAUUUUUAGUGCACACUAAAAUGGAUGACUGAGCAAGUCUUUGGAGCCUGUCAAGGUCAAAGCCUGUAUGAGAUGGGACGAGGGGUGCAUUGGAAACUUUAAACAUAAACACAGUUAGAUGACUCGACUGCGUUUAAAUCGUUUUUAUACAGAAGUUAUACGAGUCACUGUGUUGCACUAACAGCUUUUUAAAAUUGCUCACGUAUCCUGCGGUCACAGACAGACGACCAGCAGAAGCAUCAGCUGCUGCUGUUUCAGUGGGUCAGACGGGGAGUUGAGAGGACGUCACGCUGUAACUAUUUAUAACAUGGUGAAUGUUGAAUUAAAUGCCGUUGAAGUAACUAGCUGUCAGUCCUGUGCAGUGCUGGUUUUCCUCAUCUUUACUCACCCAGGAGUACCGCCCUAAGGACGCGAUAAUUGAAGUGAAGGAGGUUUCAUGUAAAAGUCAUGGUUUGUUACAUGGAGGCUGUUGAAGUGUGGACUGAUAAUUAAUUUUAGCUCUGGACGUUUACACUUAAGCGAGAAUAUCUAGAACGUUUCGACCGUAAUGGCAAAAAUGUUUUUUCCUUGUCUUUUUUUUUUUUAACGCGCUUUGUGUUUUGGUGAUUUCAUAAUUGGCAAAUUGAAUGAAUAUGCUGCUCAACAGGAAUAAAACUGAAUUAUAAGUGCAAGUUAGUGGGUUUUACUUGGAGUCAAACGCAGCCAAAACAUCGUGGAGGCAGAUAUUUCUGAGUCAGGGUCGGUAGUGAGGCGGAACAAUCAGUGCAGUGUGUGCUUGAUAAUAAGGCAGGAAGUUAGCCGUGUGGCUUCAGAUACGGGCAUUGUUUAAGCUUCUGCACUGCUGCUCCUCAGUGGGGCUUAACAGCUCAGUUUUAUUUCUCCAAAGUGUAAAAACUCAAAGCAUCUGCAGCUACACAAAGGUCGAAUGCACCCAUUAGAGCCUCUACAAGAUCUGUGACUGCAGCAACAAGAGUUUUUGGAUGACUAAGAUGAGGCUGGGCUUUAGCAGUGUUCUUCAGACAAAGUAAAGAAAGUGAAUUAAGAGAAGAAUGUUUUGGAAGUUCGGUGCAGUUUUUUCCAAAGAGCUUGUGUCUGUCUAAACAACAGUGUUCUCUCAUUACAAGAGGAAUGUCUGCCAUUCUCCACUGCCUUGUGUACUCCCCUCUUUCCUGGCGUGAUACGUUACCGCGGUCAGACACGCAUUCACAGUUUGACACGAUUCAGCGCUAAACUUGUUUUGUUUUUGUUUUUCUCUCAUUCAUUCAUUUUGGCAUUUAA